CCAACUGCGAGGCAAAGCGUCGUUACGUUCUCAGUUAAACCUCCCUCUGCCCUCAUCCAGCGGUGGAGAAAAUUCAACUUUCUGAACGGCAGCCACGACAUGAGUUGUACCUGAAGGUACCGCAUCUUCGGUGCACCAAAGAAAUGAACUAGGACCGUAGGAGAGAUCACUUGUUUCUUGAGGACAUCUGAGAUGUACUGUGAAACCAUGAGGUUGAAGAAAAGCCCAGGACUUUUCCCUGUGCUGUGCUUGAUCACCUGUUUUUGUGCCUUCUACAAGACUACAGCCAUAGACAUCCCACUAGAAGUUUUAGGUCAUGUAAACAUUAAGCAGCUGCCCACCAUCACAGCUCAGUCGCCCAGCUCUCUCAUCGCCCUCCCUUUUGAUGAGAGCUUCCCCAUGAUGUGUGAAGCCAAAGGGAAUCCCAGGCCAGAAUUUAAAUGGACGAAGAAUGGCCAGGAAUUUGACCCCUCUCUAGACCCCCGGCUGAUGAAAGAGGAGAAUUCUGGGACCUUUGUGAUACCCAAUAAUGGAAACCUUACAGAAUACCAGGGAGCCUAUCGCUGUUACGCCUCAAACAGACUGGGGACCGCCAUAUCAGGAGAGAUUGAGUUCAUUGUGCCUCAUGUUCCUAAGUUUCCUAAGGAGACACUAGAGCCUGUAGUGGUGGAGGAAGGUCAGCCUUUUAUUUUGAAAUGUGACCCACCUAAAGGGAUACCACCCCUGCAGAUCUACUGGAUGACGAUCAGUCUUCAGCACAUAGAGCAGGAUGAAAGAGUGUCAAUGGGCCUAAAUGGCGACCUUUACUUCUCCCACGCUGAGGAAAAAGACAGCAGAAGAGACUACUGCUGUUUCGCUGCCUUCCCCAGAAUAAGAACAAUCGUUCAGAAAACUGCCAUGUCUGUCACUGUCAAGACAAAAAAAAGUGACAAUAAUCCUGAUACUGCUAAUGCCAUCCCUGAGAGAAGACCCUCUCUUCUGACGCCCUCUGGUGUCAGAUCAGAGGUACAGCUUGUCAAAGGGGAGGACUUGAAACUGGAGUGUAUUGCUGAGGGGUUUCCAACACCACAGGUCGAGUGGGUGAAGAUAGGUCGUCAGCUUCCACUGAAGGCAAAAAUGGAGAAUCAUGGGAAACUGCUUAUUAUACAGAAUGCUGAAGAGGAGGACAAUGGGAAGUACAUGUGCAAGGCUAAGAACACACUUGGGGAAUCUGUUCAUUACUUCUCUGUCACAGUGGAGGGCCCUCCAGAGUGGGUGUCUGAGCCUGAGAGUCAGCUCCGAAUGAUUGGCUCAGACGUACUCCUCAAGUGCUUGGCCAGUGGCAUUCCUGCGCCAACAAUAAUAUGGAGGGUGAAUGGUGUACCACUGCAAGAAGUGCCAGCUGCCAACAGGAAGGUGUUAGAUGAUACCAUCGUUUUACACAACGCCAAAGUAUCGGACAGUGCGGUCUAUCAGUGCGAGGCAUCCAACAGACAUGGAACCCUUCUGUCCAAUGCAAACAUCAUGAUUAUGAAUCUACCUCCCAUGAUUUUGACCAAGGAAGGGGAGGAUUACUCUGCUGUGGAGGGGAAAGGAGUGAUGAUGCACUGUGAGGUCUUCAGCUCUCCUCCCUCUACUAUCACUUGGAGCAAGGACGACUCCUCUGAAGCAGUGGAGGGACCAAGGUUUACUGUUCAUGACAAUGGGUCCCUGGAGAUCUUUGAUGUAGAGAAAGAGGACAAUGGGCAAUACACAUGUGUAGCUAAAAACUCAGAGGGCUUGUCAGCUAUUGAAGCUGUGCUUUAUGUAAAAGAUCCCACUAGAAUAGUGGUGCCCCCAGAGGACCUGAAGAUCUUAAUAGGAACCACGGCCCAGCUCUCAUGCCUGGCAGAGUACGACAAGUCCUUCAGCAACGACUUUGAGCUCCUUUGGGAAAAAGAUGAUGUGGAGAUAGCCCUGAACUACACUGAGAGUUCAAGCAGAUACUUUUUGGAGGAUGGGAUUCUCCAGAUUAUCAAUGUAAGCCACAUGGACAAGGGUGUGUACACAUGUGUAGCAAGAACUCCAGUGGACCAACAGAGAGCCUCAGCGCUACUCACUGUGUUAGAUGUCCCUGAUGCACCCGAGUACUUGGUUCUGUCUGAACACAAGAGCAAAAGUGUGAAGCUGAAAUGGAUCCCUGGGGACGAUCACAACAGCUCAACAACAGAGUUUAUUAUCGAGUAUGAAGAAAGCCAGUGGGAGCCAGGUAACUGGAAGGAGCUGCUCCGAGUACCUGGAAACCACAAUCUGGCUGUCCUCAAACUUCACGGCCAUGUUGACUAUCGUUUCCGUGUGUCGGGUGUUAAUGAUGUCGGGAGGGGUCUUCCCAGCAGGCCCACAGAGAGAUACAAAACGCCCCCUGCAGCUCCUGACAAGAACCCUGAAAAGAUCAAGAUUGAAGGUCAUUUACCACAUGAAAUGGAUAUCAACUGGGAGCCCUUGUUACCCAUUGAGCACAAUGGUCCUGGUUUAGAGUAUAAGGUGAGUUACAGGAGGCAGGAUGUGGAGGAGGACUGGAAGGAACACACGGGGAAGAGACACUCGUUUGUGGUGAAGAACACUCCAACCUUUGUGCCGUAUGAGAUCAAGGUCCAAGCCAGGAACCAUCAGGGCUGGGGCCCCGAACCCAAGAUAGUGACCGGCUACUCAGGAGAAGACUUUCCGUCUGCUGCACCUGAAGACGUAGCUGUGGAGGUGAUGAACAACUCUGUGGUCAAGGUUAGCUGGACUCGUGUACACAAGGACAAGUUACACGGACAUCUGGGAGGCUACAGGAUAAACUGGUGGCGUCUGCGCAGUCUAGUGGAGUCAAAGAAAAGCCAUGGAGAAAAACAAACACUCACUCUCCCUGGGGACCGGAGCCAUGCAGUGGUACCGGGACUGAUACCCUUCUCUGAGUACAGCCUCAUCGUCAUGACCUUCAAUGGGCGGGGCAACGGCCCGGGCAGCCAUCCCGUCAACUUCAAAACCCCAGAGGGAGUCCCCGAGAAAAAUCCUGUUUUCAGGGUCAUGGAAGUACAGAAGCACUCUGUCUCUCUGGUCUGGGCACCGCCAUUGGAGCCUAAUGGAAUUCUCACCGGGUACCUCCUUGAGUAUCAGCUCAUCAAUGACACAGAGGAAGUGGGGCCACUGCAGACAGUCGACAUCAGCAAACCUGACACCACCAAGUGGAUCCUGCGCGACCUGGAAUCUGUGAGCAAAUACAAGUUUUACCUUCGCUCGUGUACCACCGUGGGCUGUGGGCCUGUCAUCAGUGAGGAGUGCACCACAACAUUAGAAACAACUUCCAUUUUGGCCUCCACUAUUGGCCUCAGCAAGUCAGCUUCCCCCUCACCUCCAAGCACUCCAAAGUCCCCAGUGACCAAAUCCACUCGUUCCACCAUAGGUCUGGCCAGCAUGCAAGGAGGAAUAUCCACCCAGGGCUGGUUUAUCGGCCUGAUGUGUGCAAUCGCUUUCCUCACACUCAUUGUGUUGAUUGCCUGCUUUGUCAACAGAAAUAAAGGGGGGAAAUAUUCAGUAAAAGAAAAAGAAGACCUUCAUCCAGACGUGGAGUCCCAGGGCAUGAAUGAUGACACAUUUUGUGAAUACAGUGACAACGACGAGAAGCCACUGAAGGGCAGCCAACACUCGCUGAGCAGAGAGAUCAAAGCAGGGGACAGCGGAGACAGCCUGGUGGACUACGGCGAUGAGGAUGUUCAGUUCAACGAGGACGGCUCCUUUAUCGGCGAGUACGCGGGGCGGAAGGAGAAGAGAGCAUCCACUGAGAUCAAAGCCACCGUUCAGACCUCGGCAUGAGGAGUGGAACCACCAUCCAUCGUCCCCCAGACACUGUUUUCAUUAAACCUUCUGGGAGGAACAAAUAAAAAAAGGAAACAGACAUUAUCCACACCAAGCACAGGGUUUUGUGUCAAAUGUAAUGCGUCAUUGUCAACUGCAUAUUGCCACCUACCUUUUGUAAAGCUCUGUUUUGUCAAGUUGCAACAGAAUGACCAUGACUAAAUACUGUGUAUAUAUAGUGUAAAUUGUACGUCAAGGUGUUUUCUUUUUAAUAAUUAUUAUCACACAAAAGUCUGGAGGGCUUGUAUUGUCUUUUUUUUUAAAAUGUCCAUUACUUCAGCUGCAGUUUCUACAAAUUUGUCUUUGUCAGUUGCACAUCAUUAUGCAGCUUUGGCUCUGAUGUUAUCAUAUAGCAGACCACCAGUGUUGGGCAAGUUACUCAGGAAGUGUAUUAAUUUACUUUGUACUCAUUGCUUUUUUAAAAAGGAAAACUAUCACCCAUUCAUUCCCUUAUAUUUAAUACCACUUUAAUACUGCCAUACCCCAACCCCACUUUUUUUCUUUGCAUCUAAGAAAAAAUAAAAAGGUAAAAAAGAAAAUACUACAAUUUAAUGAAGGCUACAUUCUGGAUUCUUGCCUCUCUGCCGUUCCCCAUCCUUAGUUAGGCUCACUGACCAGUAAACUUUGGACCUACUAUUACCUGCGAUGGAUGCACAACAUCUGAAAAUACCUAGUUUUCAAACAAAUGCCAUUUCCCAAAGCAGUAACUUUUUUACUUGUGUUUUAAUUUUGUUAAAGUUUUAAAAUGUUAACCUUUUGCCCUACUCCUUACAGAAGGAAAUAAUAAUUUUACAGUUAUCCAUUUCUGAGUUCUGUGUUACUGCCCAACACUACAAAGCACACACAAGUUGGAAUAUCAAGUAGAUAUUUUCAUCUGGGGGAUAUAUUACUGACUUUUUAUAUUUGAAAUAAAUUUAUUAAAUAUGAUGUAAGAUGUGUAAAAGUUGCUUAUUAACUUAUUCUUUUCUGGUUGUUUUAUACCUGACAAAAUAACAAGGAUAUUGACAUAUCAUUACAUAUCAUGAAUAUUGAUUCUUGUGUCAUGAGAAAAGAUUUUGUCCUGUUUAGCAGAUGUGUAUCAAUUAGACAGAUUGAAUUAAGAAUGCAGCCUCUAAAGCCCAUCAUGCCUCACUGUAAAACCCAACAUGGAAGAGAUUUUAAACAUUGUAAUCCAGGUUUAAUUAGAAAUGUGAGAGACAUUUAUUUACCGAUUCUGGAGAAUCUUAAUAAAAACCUCAUGCGCUACAAUAAAUGGGUUAAAUUUCAGGCUAAGCAGACUGAUUCCACUCUCAUGACUCUACGGUGUUUUAAAUCUGCCACAAACAGUUGAUUACAUAAGCUUAGUAUUUUAACUGGAAAUGGCCAAACUGCCAUCUAGCAUCUGUAGAAAUCAAUAUUAGUCAUCACAGAGUUUGGAUUUUUUUUUUCUCAUAAGAAAAAAAUAAAGUGUAUAAAAAGUGUGAUUUAUAGCUACAGAAAUGAAGGGGAGCUUGAAGGGGUUUUUCAGUGACUCUGAACAGAUAUUUUAGCGCACAUACAUGACAGGUAUCACAUGAUUAUAUUCAAAUUCCCUAUGCCAUAAAACUGUUCUUGUUUUAUUCUGAAUUUAUGUCACCUGAGAGUCAAACUCAGAAAAUGUUCAUGCACUCCUGACCAUCACUGGUUUUGCUACAAGGCCCAUGAGGUAAAUGCCUGUCUUUUAGAGCAUCGGUUCCCAACCUGGGGUCCAGGCACCCCUAGGGGUGCACUAAAAAUCUCAGGGGGGCACGGGGCCCUGUCUACUCUGACAUUGUCAAAAUUCAAUGUGUAUAUAUUUUUAAAAAUCUUGAUUAAAAGGGUAAUGUACAAUGGUGUAUCAGAGCCACACUAAAAGAAAA